GAAGGAGGAAGGAGAGGGAGGGCCACCGUGCAUCAGGGACACUGCUCAGACACACACAGGAUACAGGGACAGUGACACUGGUGGACAGAUCUGCACCGUUACAGAGAGUUAAAAGGAACAACCCUUACAUAACAGAUCAAGAUGGCAGACAAAAUUAAGGACGCCAAGAUCAUCUUUGUUGUGGGCGGGCCUGGCUCUGGCAAGGGCACCCAGUGUGAGAAGGUGGUGGCCAAGUAUGGCUACACCCACCUGUCCUCCGGGGACCUGCUGCGUGCUGAGGUGGCCUCCGGCUCUGAGAGGGGCAAAACCCUCCAGGCCAUCAUGCAGAAGGGAGAGCUCGUACCCCUGGACACAGUCUUGGACAUGAUCAAGGAUGCCAUGAUCGCUAAGGUUGACGUGUCCAAGGGCUUCCUUAUUGAUGGCUACCCCCGUGAGGUCAAACAGGGCGAGGAGUUCGAGAAGAAGAUCGGAGCCCCCUGCCUGCUGCUGUACAUUGACGCCAAGGGUGAGACCAUGGUCAAGAGGCUGAUGAAGCGCGGUGAGACCAGCGGCCGAGCUGACGACAAUGAGGAGACCAUUAAGAAGCGCCUGGACCUGUACUACAAAGCCACCGAGCCAGUCAUCGCCUUCUACUCCAGCCGCGGCAUCGUCAGGAAGAUCGACUCCGAACUGCCUGUGGAUGAAGUCUUCGGACAUGUUGCCAAAGCUAUCGACGGCCUGAAGUAAAAAGCAAACAUGACUGGAUCUAAAUUUAUUUUUGGUUAUGUCCAUUUUAUGCCGAAAAAAAGCAACAAUCUGCUGAGCCACCUUGGUUAUAAUGAAAGGCCAUUAAAGAACAGCGAUGCCUUAAUUCAACACUGUA